CCGGUUGCGUAAAAACGGGUUCAAGACCGCCAUUUCCUCAUCCCAUGAUUAGACCCCAAUUGUGGCUGUUAGGCUAGGGUAAUCUAUUGUGAUCGUGUUGGCAGCACGUUAUUUGUUCCAGUGUGCACAAUGAGUGCCGGUAUACCGUACUUAGGCAGCAAAAUAAGCCUAAUAUCAAAGUCAGAGAUUCGGUAUGAGGGCAUUCUGUACACAAUUGAUACCAAGGAGUCAACCGUUGCUUUGGCUAAAGUGCGGUCCUUUGGCACGGAAGAUCGCCCUACUGAUCGGCCAGUGGCACCUAGAGAUGAAGUUUACGAGUACAUCAUCUUCAGAGCCCAUGACAUCAAAGACCUCAGAGUGUCGGAACCUCCUAAACCGCAGUCGACAUUACCUGGUGGCCUAACAAAUGAUCCUGCAAUUGUUCAACACUCGGCUACUCCUCUUGGAACUGGAGCAGUGUUUUCUGCACCGGCGUACAGUCAGCCACCAGUUUCAUAUGGUCCGGUGGGGACAUUACCGUCGUAUGCUAUGGCCUCUCAGUAUCCAUCGCAGCCUUUACCACCACCAAGUCUAGGUGGCUCCCAGCAAUCUGGUUCCCAGUCUGGCAGUACUACUCCUGCACAGCGGAAGAGCCCCACUAUGGAUGCUGGAGUUCAAGUUUCUGGUCCUCCUGCUGAAAAAAGACAAUCUCCUCGCGGGGCUUCUCAGCGAAGCCAUGGGCAGCAGGGUUCUGCAGGGCCAAGCAGGCAACAUGGACAACAGAUGCAGCACCAGCAAGCCUUGCCACCACAGUCUCGUCAAGGGGGCACUCAACAGCAGCGAGGCCGUAGGGGAGGAGUUGCUGGUGGUCCAUCUGGAGCAGCCGGUGCACGUCCCCGCCAGGGACCGUUCCGCACUACAAAGCCAAAGGAACCAUUGAAGUUCGAUCGUGAAUACGACUUCGAACAAGCCAAUGCAGAAUUUCAAGAACUGGAAAACAAACUGGCACAGACAAAGAUCAGUGAUGAAAAGAAAGACGACUCUGGCACUGAAACUCAAGUUGGCGACAACCAUGAAGAUGACGAUGUGGUGUAUUACGAUAAGAACAAAUCCUUCUUCGAUAACAUCAGUUGCGAAGCCAUUGAACGGAGCAAAGGGGUUCAAAGGAUAGAUUGGCGGCAGGAACGCAAGCUCAACCACGAGACAUUUGGCAUCUCCGCGAACAACUGGAUGAGGCGCAAUGCAUGGAGGGGUCGAGGGGGAGGUUUCUGGCGUGGAGGGCAGCGCGGUGGCCAGCGUGGCGGCCGUGGUGGAGGAAAUCGAGGAGGCAGGCCACGCAACGGAGGCGUUCCACGGGAUGGUUGGUCGUCGGUUCCUCGGGCAGAUACAAGCAGCAGUGUGGAGCCCACAUGGCCAUAGUCUGCAUUGUUCUCCCACUGCUUUGCACAGAGACCACUGUAUAUACCCAGCCAUGGGGGCUGGAAGCAGAGCAUCACUUGAGACAUGGGAUGUAGGGGCAUUUUUUGGCAGAGGCAUCUAUCUGUUCAUUGAAAGAAGCAAAAGGUGGCUUCACACCUUUUAGUGCACUGUGGGAUUUGUGCAGGGUACCUGAAGUUUUCUUUAGUAGUAAGAGUACCAUCUGCUUCACUGUGUGCACUUUUUUUUUUUUCGUUACAACAAAAUUUACGCUGAGACCUGAAGUCUUUCACCCCUAAAUUGCCUUUCUGUUCAUAUGUGCAGCCUAACAUAGCCCAUGCAUUACUUUGUAAUAUUAAACAUUCUCCUGUGUCUCUGCAAGCAACGCACAACCGAAUCUUAUUUAUUUUGUACUGUUCAAAAGACUCUGUCGAGAAACAAGCUGCCUUGACUUUCUUUAUGGCCAUAUUUUCAAGUUUAUUAGUCCCUCCCCCUUCUUGCCUUUGACCCCUUCAUUGAAAUCUGAGGGGGGUGAUAUGGUCCAGAAAAAUAAAAUCUUCAAUUCGUAU